AGGGCUGCGCGGCCUCGGGGCGGCGGGGCGCGGCGCCUCCUGCCUUUGCGCGGCCGAAGCCGCUUCCGAGGAUGAAGUUCGGCUGUGUCUCCUUCCGGCAGCCCUACGCGGGCCUGGUUUUGAACGGGCUCAAAACUGUGGAGACCCGCUGGCGCCCCUGGCUCGCGGCCUACGAGGGCCGCACCGUGGCGGUUCACGUCGCGCUGCGGGACUGGGAGGGCGGCAGCUGGAGAGCCAUACUGCUGGAGAGGCGCGGCGUGAGCCCGCGGCGGCUCCGGCGCCUGCUGCAGAGAGGGGAGCGGUUCGGCAGAGGCGUCGUGGCAGGAUUAAUUGACAUUGGAGAGACAUCCCUGUAUCCAGAGAAUUUACCUCCUGAAAAGGUUUUGGAGCUGGAAAACAAAGCUGUCCUCAGUAAUCUAGAGCAGAAAUACUUGACCGUUGUUUCAAAUCCACGCUGGCUGCUAGAACCAAUUCCUGCCAGAGGGAGCAGAGGUGUAUGGCAGGUAGACAUCCCUGAAGAACUGAUCCCUCCAGAAUCAUAGGAGUGCCCCAUGCUAUAUUUUUCUAUUUAAGUAAGAACUUCUGAUUUACCACUCAGAAUGCUGAAUGCAAGUGAAUUAUUUAGGAUUGCCUUCCAAAGGUAAUUGUCUGAAGUAGGAAAUAUAUUUGUCGAACUGCCGUUUUGAGACAAAAUAAUGAAGAUCUCACACUUAUGACCAGUACUGGAAAGUAGUUAUUAUUUAGAUUUUUCAUGUAUAAACAACUGUAAAUAAAUGUGACUUUAAUACA